UUUUAGGCAUUCAACACUCGCUCGGUCUCUACCACGGUAAGAGCGAGUGAAAGAAGAAAGGAAGAAAGCGAAGCCGAAUCGGAGAACCCCCUCGCCUCGCUCCGAAGCUCGCGGCGAGAUCUCCGACCGCUGCCGCCGCCGCCUCCUCCUCCUCCGAUGGCCGCCGUGUACAGCCUCUUCAUCAUCAACAAAUCCGGCGGCUUGAUCUUCUACAAGGAUUACGGAUCUUCGGGGAGGAUGGACACGAACGACAGCCUGAGGGUGGCGAGCCUGUGGCACUCGAUGCACGCCAUCUCCCAGCAGCUGUCCCACCGUCGGUGCUCCGGGAUCGAGCUCCUCGAGGCCGACACGUUCGAUCUCCACUGCUUCCAGUCCCUCACGGGGACAAAAAUUUUUGUGGUCUGUGAGCCCGGGACUCAGCAUAUGGAGGCUCUGUUAAAAGUCAUCUAUGAGCUUUACACAGACUAUGUUUUGAAGAAUCCCUUUUAUGAGAUGGAGAUGCCAAUUCGGUGUGAGCUCUUUGAUCUCAACCUGUCACAGGCAGUGCAGAAAGAUCGUGUGGCAUUGCUGGGAAGAUAGUGUGCUUAAUUUUUUCUUUCUUGACUGAAAGGUAGCGAGCUUAGUUCAUAACUGAUCUCAUUCGCCUCGAAUGAAAUUAUUUCCGAAGCAUUGUGGUUAGCUUGAUGAGAAGCAUGCGUUCUGCUCAGCAAGAAAUCUUUCUAACCGAUUACCUCGGCGAGUAUGAGUAAUGAUUUCCUUUGUUGAGAGACUCGAGACAAGUCCAAGUGUGAGCCAUUGUAAAUUGUUGGCUUCUUUCAAAAGCUUACAUUUUUUUUCAAUUGAAGUUUUUGUCCCUGUGA